AUGUGGUGGAAAUCUGUGGCGCUGCUUUGCCUCGCGAGAAGUGAGAUCUCAGGGCCGGUCUUGGUGCCAGUGCGCGAGCUCAAAGGCUGCUGUCCUGACAACAAGGGCCAGUGGCACUCCUGCUGCAGUGUGGCGGGCUCCUGCUGCCCUGCCUUGGACGAAGAGCUGCAGCCGUGUUGCCCGGGCUUCAAAGAGCAGCAACUCUUUGAACCGUGCAUAGGUAUCAACGGGCGAAGCCCAUGUCCCAGCGAUAGCACCUGCUGCAGUGGCAGCUGCUGUGUCGGGAAAGCCGUGUGCUGUGGAAAAACCUGCUGUACACAGGAGUCCAGCUGCUGCAAAGACAGCCUGGGGGACGAUGUGCUGCUUGGGCUGUUCAAGCUUGCUCACUGAUCUCAGUGUGACAGUACUUGGGUGUUGGUGCAGUGUUGAUGCUGGUAAGUGAUAAGUGGAUAAUAAUAGUGGAUAAUAGGGGUGAUAUCAACAGUAUCCCAACUUAUGGGGGUUAUUUCACCAUGGUUAUACCAUGUUAUACCUAUAAAAACCCCAAUCAUCAGAGGUUUGAGACUGGUGGCCUUGCCCCUUAUUUCACCAAGGUGUGGGCCGCCCUCCUGCGAUUU